AUGGCAGAAUAUACGGAUUAUUACUUCGAUGAUAGUUUGAAUCCAUUAUCAUCGUUUGGAAAAUCUACAGAGGCUAAAGAUAAAUAUUUACCAAAACAUCCGAAAAGCAGAUCAACAUCAAUCUAUGAAAGAAAUAUUGAAGUAGAACUAAAGCCAUCGGUAAAGUACUCCUAUUACAAGGCCAAAUAUUUUCAACGUUUUCAUUAUAAUCACAAACUUAUGAGGGACUGCCAAGAUCGUAUAGAAGGUUUAAGAAGUACCAGGGAUCAAGUAAACUUAAUUGGUGACGACGCUGAAGACGUUAUAAUUAAAAUAGGGAUUGUUGGAGAGUAUACUGAAGACAAGCUUAAUUUAUUAUUAAAAAGAAAAGGAAAAAGGGAGAGACCACCAAAAAAUCAACAAAUUUGGAAACAGUCCCCAAUUAUUUGUUUUGAAAAAUCAACAAAAUCGGCGUUAAGGAUGUUACGCAGAGAGGAGGCUUGCCAUAAAAUACUGAUUAUAUCUGAUCCCAAUAACAAUGAACCGGAAAGAGUAGAAGACUCCAUUGUCAUCAUUAGAGAAGACAAGGAACAAAUUCUCAAAACGAUCUCUGUUUGUUUGGAGGAACAUAUUCAUGAAAUAUUGCAAGGCUGGUCGGUAAAUCUGCCGUUGGAAGGUUUCGGCAAAUACCUACCCGACAUUUUUGCCGAAAUAGAGGAUAUCCGUAAGCAAAUGCUGUUUGAUGAUAAUAACCACUACACAACUGAUGCUUCUGCCUUUCGGGAUGCUGGUAACAAAUUAAUUGUUCCAAGCAAUGUGAAGGAAUACCUUUUUGGAAGAUGUGAUGUUAAUUCAUUUGGAAUCUGGAGAAAUUCGUCAUUCAAAGUGUUUGUCAAAAAAACGAUUGAUGCAAAUGAAUUAAAAUCUGAACUGAAGAAAAUACAUCAAACAUUUUUUGAGAACUACAACUUAGAAAUCGUGAAAGGAAAAUUGGUAGCGCUAAAUACCUUAAAGCAGGGAAAUUUUAUACUACGAAAUCAAGACGGACAAAAGUACGCGGGAACACUUGGUGGGUUUGUUUCAAAAACAGAUGAUGAGAAAAAAAUAUAUGUGUUGACUUGUAAUCAUGUAUUUCCUAAAGAAGAGCUUCUUGCGUACACGGAUAACCCUACCGACGGAUAUAUGCAUGUAGGUACCUGUGUGUUCACAACAAGGGACAGUUCUUGUGAUUUUGCAGCUGUUGAAAUAAAUGAGUCUUUCUUAAAUAAUUGCGAAGUACCCUUAAGAAGGGAAGACGAAAAGAAAACAAGUGCAAAAGUAUAUGAUGAAAGUUUAGAGCAAAUAAGCAUUGUGCAUAAAAUAGGAGCCAAAACAAACAUUACCAAAGGACGUAUUUGUUGUUCGGAAUAUUAUGACAGGGGUAUGCCUGAAAACCUUUUCCUCGUGAAGGGUACAAGAACAGUGUUUUCAGAACAAGGCGAUAGUGGAUCGCUGGUUUUUUCCAGACCAAAGACUGGACGGCAAAACUACAUUAAUGUCAUUUGUAUGGUAUUCGCCAAUAACUACCUGUCACGUGAAGAAGAUAGUGAUGAUGAUCAGAACCUAAAGAAGGACAAAGAAAUGGAAGGUUCUCCGAAGAAGGAUGCAGAAAGGGUAAAAGAAGACUUAGACGAAACAACAAGCCCUAAUACUUCCGCUUCUUUUGUCGGAGACGAUGAACAAAAUAAUAAAAAUCUAUCUUGUUGUUACCGUAUACACCCUGCUUUUGAUCUUUUUAAAGAAGAAAGAGGUGUGGAGGUAAAAUUUAAGGAUGACUUGCCAACACCUUCGUCUUCAUCUGACGAUUCGUAUGAAGAAACCAACUGAUUUAAUACAAAAGUUUUUGGCGUUCUCGUGUGUUGUUAUAGCAGCUGACCUAAAGUGAUUUUUAUACUAAUAGAGAUAUCAUUUCCUGCGUAUUCACAUCAAGGGACAGUUCUUGUGAUUUUGCAGCUACUGAAAUAAAUGAGUCUUUUUCAAAUAACUGCGAAGUACCCUUAAGAAGGGAAGACACAAAGAAAACCAGUGCAAGAGUUUUUGAUGAAAGUUUAGAACAAAUUAUCUUUGUGCAUAAAAUUGGAGCC